CUGAUGAUGAAAUGAAUAAAUGUUUUGCACAAAUUCCACAAUUCAAGGGUUUGAAAAUAUUUCACAAUGAAAUUGAUACAAUAAAAAAAAUGGCAGCAAAUGAAUUUCAUGAUUUGAUGAAAAUAUCUGUUUUUGUAAUGGAUGGUAUAUUAAAGGAUUCAGAGAAAGAUUGUAAAAUAUCCAAUAAAAAAAUCAAGUUUAAUCUUUCAAUAUUUUGA